AUGGAGGACUCCUUCAAGUCCGAAUCCCACUCUACUCCGAUCUCAGAGCAAUGGGAAUCAUUGAAGACAAUGCUUCCCGAGCCUGAAUCAACCAUGUCCGCCAACGAUGACCUCGAGGCUGAGAUCCUCAAGGCUCAAGCCCAGCUCACCCAGCUCAAGAAGCAACGCGAGCUUAUUGACAUCCAGCAGAAGGUCGCCGAGGAGCGCAGGGAGCUGCAAUUGGCGCGGGAUAGGCUGCUGGCUACCACUAACGGAUUGACCGAAGCAGCCCUCGCCGCCUCUUCACCUGCGACAGAUGCAAAGGCCCGUAUCGAAGGACCACAGAAAAAGCAACGCGUCGCCCACGACCCGCCCACCGGCCCCUCGGGCCAAAACCCUCCCCGCCGUCCUUCGGACCCUCAAACCCCUUAUCCUGCUCCGCCAAAGCCUGCACAGCAGCAGCAGCAGAAGGCCCAGCAGAAACAGCCUAAGAACCAAGGCAAACCUGUUCAACCAAAGCCUGCUCAGGCUAAGCAGCAGCCGAAAGCUCAGCCGAAAGCUGCCCCGGCGAACACGCCUGCUCCUAAGCCUUCGCCAAACGCCGGCCUUAGCCUGGAGCAGCUGCGCCAACUCGCCGCCGCAAGCCGCACCCCGUCCAAGGCUCCACAGGCACCAACAGGACCCGCAGCGUCAGGAAGUAACCAGACUCAGACUCCAGUGAAACCAUUCAACCGGCCCACGCAACCCUCCUCGGAAUCCAGAGCCGCAAACCCACCCCCAGUCCCCAACAUAGUCGUAUACAACGGCCGUACACUGGGCGAGUUUAAGAACUACACCGUCGGUAUGGAAAGUCACUUCAAGAAACACCCAGAGUGGUACCGAAGUGAGGAGCACAAGUUAUCGCGAGCCCUGAAGCACGUCUCCCUAAGCCUGGAGGAACGCUUCUUAAACUACAUUCGCAACCAGCCCGCUAGCGCAAAGACCUGGGAGACUUUCUGCGCCUUUAUGAUCGAGCAGCUGCAAGGCGGUAUUCGACCAGAUAUCGCUAAGGCCAGAUACAAUGAUAGCUAUCAGCGACCUUCGCAGUCUGUCACGGAUUUCUCGAAGUGGAUGAUGCAGUGGCCGCCGCAUUUCAAUAGCAAUGAUUCCGAGCGCGAUCGGAUGCGUCAUCUUUUUGAGCAUCUUAUGAAUCGUGUUCGCAAUGCCGCGGAAAAGAGUCAUCUUGAUUUCGACAACUAUGCCGACUUCGUGGAUUACUUGCAGUGGGUCGAGGACUCGCUUGAUAGUCGGGUUGAUGAGUUUGGGCGUCGGGCUAGGGAUGGUCCUGCGUUCUCUCGCAAGCGGGCGAGGGAUUGA